UGGGACAGCCACCGACCUGCUCCUGACUUCGAGCCGAUCACAUCACAGGCCCUCCCUUCCCCCUUUCCCCGUACCGCCCUCCAACAUCAGGCGUCGUGCUACAGGCACUCACACACCGCUCGCGACGUGUCGAUGCUAGCAAUCUCAGCUCGCAGGACCGCUGUCGUUCGCAACCGGUUACCGCAGCUACUCAGGAGCAGUAUGUCGACCUCUACGUCUGAUGCACAGGUGGCUGGUGAGGAAGGGCCUGUGGCGAGGUCUAUCAAAACAAAGCUCUCCUCCGCUUUACAGCCCUCGGAGCUCACGGUCACAAACGAUUCCUGGCAGCACCGUCACCAUGCCGCAAUGAGGGCGCAGGGCGGAGGUUCUGGAGAGACUCAUUUCUCCAUCCAAGUCGUUUCAGAACAGUUUCGGGGCAAGACAACAAUGCAGCGUCACAGGUUGAUAUAUUCUACGCUCUCCGAGGAACUCUCUCAGGGCCUACACGCGCUUUCCCUGAAAACAAAGACACCGGAGGAGGUGCAAUCACAAGGCGCUGCAUGAACAGCGUGAAACCCAUUAUGGCGUCGCAAGCUGCUCCGAAUGCUACUUGGGCUCACAUACGUCGUAGUAUGCCUUGCGCUAUGCGAUCUUCGGCCGUGACCGACCCAAUAUCAUGGAGGCAGUC